CCAGCUGCUCCACCAUGGAGGAGACGGUGCCCUCGGUGGAACGCUACGAGGCGGCCAUGGUGCUGAGUGGGGUGGGGGACGCGCUGGGGUACCGGGGGGCCCGCUGGGAGUACUGCACCUCGGGCCCCCAGAUCCACGCCGAGCUGGCCCAGCUGGGUGGGCUGGCAGCCAUCAACCUGGAGCCCCCCGAGUGGCCCGUCAGCGAUGACACCGUCCUGCACCUUGCCACCGCCGAGGGGCUGGCCACAGGCCUGGAGGGGGAACCCCUCCUGCAGGAGCUGGCUCGCCGCUACGUGGCCGCCAUGGGGGACAUGGAGGGACGCAAGCCGGGACCCAGCAGCAUCCUAGGCACCUCCCAGCUGCGGCCAGGGGAGCCCGAGGGCUAUCGCAUCCCCUUCAACCCCCGCGGCACCGGCUGCGGGGCCGCCAUGCGCAGCCUGGCCAUCGGCCUCAGGUACCCGCACACCUCGGAGCUGCCAACUCUGAUCCGGGUGAGCAUUGAGAGCGGGCGCAUGACGCACCACCACCCCACUGGGUACCUUGGAGCACUGGCAGUGGCCCUCUUUGGGGCACUGGGGGCUCGGGGAGAGCCCCCAGAGCGCUGGGGGGCUGAGCUGCUGCGAGUGCUGCCCCUGGCAUGGGACUACGUGGAGGGCACUGGAGUGGCUGUGGAGGAAAAUGCUGCUGCCUGGCCAUUCUUUGGGGAGGCGUGGCACCGGUACCUGGACUCCCGUGGGCUCCUGGAAGGCCGUGGCCCACCGCGGGUGCCAUCCCUCCCAUCCCCAGCUGAGCGGGACACGGAGUACCUGGGCUGGGCACUGGAGGGGUGGCCAGGGCGCAGCGGCCACGACGCACCCAUGGUGGCCUUGGAGGCGCUGCUGGCGGCCGGCGGGAGCUGGGAAGAGCUGUGCGCCAGGGCGGUGCUGCACGGCGGGGACAGCGAUUCCACGGGGACCAUUGCUGCUGGCUGCUGGGGGCUGCGGGGAGGGCUGCUGUCCGUCCCCCCGGGGCUGCACUGCCGCCUGGAGUACCGCGGCCGGCUGCGCCACGCUGCCCACCGGCUCCACGAGCUGGCCUGGGGAGCACCGUGAGCGUCCCUGCUCGCACCUGCUGUCCCUCUCCACGGAAAGCUCCCGGGGGCUGCCACAGCAGAGACCAGCACGGGGUCACAGGGGAGUUGGCAGGCCUGGGAGACCCUUGGGUGAAGCAGGGCCCUUCAGGGUGUGCUGGGGUGCAAGGCGAGCCCCAGGGAGAGCACCACAGCUGUGUCCAUUGUAGUCCUCCCCAGGCAGAGCCCAGAAGCCGCCCAAGGAGCCUCAGUAAAAAAACAUCU